CGUCUCUAAGCGUAAAUGUAUGUCCUUGGCUUUCCUUGGCGAAAUACAACUAAUUGAUGGUUUAGUUUUGACGUCUGGUCGAUAUAAUACGUUGACUUUCAAUAUGCAAAAGACUAUGUUGAUUCUUCUUUGUAGUACUUCGUCGAUGGUUGCAGGCAAAUCACGAAGACCGAGAAAUUCAGACAAGUACGCAAGCAAAGCUUUUUUUCCGUUGAAUACAGUGCUAGUACGAUUCUUGCCCGGAACGAACACUUGCCAUAACUCCAAACCAAAUCAAAAUCGCACCUUUGAAUUGUAA